AAGUACUGCGUUCUAAAAUGAUAUUUUUAUUCAUUUUAUUAUUUCCAGCGGCUUUUGCUUUAAGCCCCGUUGAUAUUAAUAUGUCGGUUGACUAUUUCGUUUACAAGAAUAUUCGAUACAUAUGUUAUUUGUCCUGUGAAAGCCCAUUCAUUUCAAAACAGCUAGCCCACAGCAUGUCAGCACAUUGGAUGCGGGUGUCGGCGCUGGACGUCCGCGCCGCCAGCGGGCGCGCGCUGCGGCGGCGUCUGCGGCAGUGGACCGAGCCAGUCGGCGUCCUGCUUGAGGACACUUGUGGACGGAGCCAGGAUGUCUUGCGAAUGGCAUCGGAAUCCAUGUUAUUCGAUUCGACGCAUUCGUGGUUAGUCUUUCUAACUGAAAAUGGCGACGGAAAAAACUCAACUGUGUCGAAUACUUUUGAAAAUUUACAUUUGAGUGUUGAUGCUGAUGUCAUAGCAGUCACCAAAAACGAGAAUCAUUAUGAUCUGACGGACGUUUUUAAUUUCGGCAAAAUACAAGGGAAUCCUUUAGAAAUACGCGCGUACGGAGCCUGGUCGCCGGCUACAGGAUUAGAGGUUGCCUUGGAGGGUUUCAAAUAUUAUUCUCGUUGGGAUUUCCACAAUUUGACGCUGCGAGCGGUGUCCGUGGUGUUGGGCCGCAACAUGUCCCAGUUCGACCCGGGGGUGCUCUCUGAGGCGCGCUUCUCCGCCGGCGUCUCCGCCAUGACCAAGACCGCGGCGCUGCUGCUCGAUGUCUUCAUGGAACAGCAUAACUUUAGGUUGAACUACACCAUCGUCGACCGCUGGGUGGGCAAUCCUAAAAGAAACUCUACAAUGGCUGUAACCAAUACGUUGUUCUGGAGAGAGCAGGACAUCAGCGUGACCUGCAUCAGGAUAUUCCCGCAGUGGCUCAAGUGGAUGGAUCCGUUCUUCCCUCCGACCACGUUUUUGGAGACAAAGUUCUACUACCUGAUCCCAAACAGCGGCGUCGGUAGUUACGAGAACCGCUUCCUGACGCCACUGGCUCCGGGCGUGUGGGCGAUCGCGGUGGCGGCGGCGGCGGCGUGCGGCGCCGUGCUGGCGGCGGCGGCGCGGGUUGAGCGACGCCCCGAGCCCGGCAGUUAUGCGCUGUUCAGUGUUGUUGCUGCGGCUUGUCAGCAAGCAUACGAAGACGGUGUUCAUUUGAUGGAUGACACAAUAUCAAGCCAAGGUGGGCGCACGAUCCUGCUAGUGAGCGGUCUCAGCAGCAUGCUCAUCUACAACUACUACACCAGCAGCGUGGUCUCCUGGCUGCUCAACGCGGCUGCUCCCACCAUCGCUGCGCUCGACGGCUUGAUCUCCAGCCCGCUAGAGCUUACGUUUGAAGAUAUUGGCUAUACGAGGCAGUGGCUGGAUGGUCCAGGGUUCUACUACUACGCUGGCUUUAAAUGGGACAAGGAAGACGAACUCCGAGACAAGAAGGUGAAACAAGCGCGGCGCUCAGUACCGCUUCUGCAGGACCCGGCUGAUGGGAUCAACCUUGUGCGGACUGGCAGGUACGCGUACCACACAGAGCCGUACACCGCGAGCCAGAUCAUCAGCCCGUCGUUCGACGAGCGCGAGCUGUGCGCGCUGGGCUCCCUGCAGAUGAUGCCGCGCCAGCCGGUCUACAUCGUGGGGCAGAAGCGGAGCCCUUACCGACAGUUCUUUGUGUGGAGUGUGAUGCGUGCCAUGGAGCGCGGCCACGUGGCUCUAGCCCGGCGGCGCACGGGGGGCGAGGUGCCCGGCUGCGGGGGUCGCACGCCGCGCGCGCUCGCGCUGGGGCAGGCAGCCCCCGCCUUCGCCGUGCUGGCCGCGGCAAUGGUGCUGAGCCUGUGCAUGCUGGCUGGAGAGGUGGCUUACCAUAGAUAUGAAAAGAAAACAUCCGUGGGAGGAACCAAUGCGUGGCUGCCGUAGCGAGAACAUUCUCUAAUCAUUUCAAUUAGACAUCUCUCCUUUAUCUAAGCGUUUCUCCGGAAGUCCAGAUUAGCUGUAAUAUAUUGCACGGGGGUGAUGCUGGGAGUUAUUGCAUUCAGGUCUGCAUUUGUUUUAAUUGUGCUUAGCUAUAAACAAUUCUUAAAAAAUAAAAUAUCACACACA